AUCAAGGCACUACUCCAACUCCGCAAUGGAGGACUCAUAAUCGAACUGGACAGCGAACACACAGCGAACAAACUCAAAGAUCCCGCCACCCGAAAAACGUUUCUUCAGGCCCUGAACAACGCAGUCCUAUUCAAAGACAGAACCUAUACACUGGUAGUACAAUACAUUCCCGUUAACCUACUGAUUGAGCGCCCAGGUCUCCUCCGGCUAAUCGAGAAGAAGAACCACCUAGAAGACGAAGCCCUCAUAUCCAUGCGCUGGAUCAAACCCCCCCACAAAAGACCCCCUGGCCAACAGAUGGCC